CCAUCUGGACCACCAGGACCACCUGGUCGGAAUGGUAAUCCAGGACGUCCAGGACCACAAGGACAACCAGGACCUCCAGGAUCUAAUGGAAACCCAGGUAUUGAUGGUGUACCUGGUGAACCUGGCCGGUCGAUCGUGAGUGUACCAUCCCAACCUGGAGAUCAAGGACCACCUGGUGCAGAGGGCCCACCAGGAGAACCUGGGAUUGUUGGACCACCUGGAAAUCCUGGGCAGCCAGGAAAUGCAGGAGCACGUGGACCACCAGGUUUGCCAGGACAACCUGGCAUUCCAGGUGGAGUGGGUGAGAAAGGACAACCUGGACACCUUGGACUUGCUGGUGAACCUGGCAUUUGUCCCAAGUGGAUCAAACAACAAAACAUGCUGAUCGAAUCAGAAAUACGGGAAAAAGCUUAUCGCCUAGUAACUUUUAUGGCUGUAACCUUUUCAUUUGUAGCCAUCUUAGCUGUAUUUAUAACCUUACCAAUGGUCAAUAAUUAUGUCAAUUCCAUACACAUGCGUGUACAGUCAGAAAUGGAAUUUUGUAAGCUCUCAGCUCGUGAUGUGAUGAUGGAAGUGAACGAGUACCGAGCUGGACCACGAAGUACCACACCUACAGUUUACAAAUUUUGGGGAAACAGAACUGCCAAUAGUGGACGUGUUAAAAGGCAAAGCAGUCAAUGCGAAGGUUGUUGUUUACCAGGACUUCCUGGUCCAGAUGGUCCGCCAGGAAAACAUGGCGUUCCCGGACGCCCUGGUGCACCUGGUCCACAAGGAUUUCCAGGAAGACCGCCAGCAAUUUGUGAACAAGCAACUGAGCCACCAUGUACACCAUGCCCACCUGGAGAACCCGGCCCACCAGGACCUCCUGGAGAUCAAGGGAAUGCUGGGCAACCAGGACAUCCAGGUCGUAAUGGUAAUGAAGGACCACCGGGACCACAAGGUCCUCCAGGUCCUCCUGGACCACCGGGAGAACCAGGACGAGAUGGUCUUCGCGGUGACCCUGGACGACCAGCAAUUAAUUUGCCCGCAACACCUGGUGAUCCAGGUGUACCCGGCGAAUCUGGCCCACCAGGAUUACCUGGCGAUCAAGGGGCAGCUGGACGUCCCGGAUCGGAGGGUCCACCAGGAAUACAAGGACCACCAGGUCCUCCUGGACAACCAGGUCAGGCAGGAGAAGAUGGACCAGAAGGACCACCAGGACAUCCUGGACCGCAAGGUGAACGCGGUAUUUGUCCUAAGUAUUGUGCUUUAGAUGGUGGUGUCUUCUUUGAAGAUGGCACAAGACGUUAG